AUGGCAUCUUCAUCGAACCAUACCGCCCUCGCCGAGCGACCGACGACAGCACCAACAAAAGCUCGCGGACCCACAGCACCCAUCGACCCAGACGCCGCCGAGAUCAAGAGACGCGCCCUCGUAGCGCAAAAGCAGUAUGGCAGAGGCGAUAAGAUUUCCACCCGCGGAAUCCAAGACCGAAAACUGCGCGGCAACUUGAGAGCGCUCGAGAACAAGUACAAGGACGCCGCCGUCAAGGCAAAAGACGCCGAGAUCCUGCUCGAGAACACUGCUGGCUUCCUAGAGACUGAGGGCGAGCUUGAGAGGACGUACAAAGUCAGACAGGAUGAGAUCCAGAGCGAGGUUGGCAUUGAGACGGCAAAGAAGGGCUUCGAGUUGAGGCUGGACGGCAUGGGCCCCUACAACGUCGACUACACGCGCAACGGUGUGCACAUGCUGCUUUCUGGUCGCAAAGGUCAUGUCGCCACCAUGGACUGGAGAAAGGGAAAGCUGGGCUGUGAGCUGCAACUCGGCGAGACUGUGCGCGAUGCAAAGUGGCUACACAACAACCAGUUCUUCGCCGUCGCCCAGAAGAAAUACGUCUACGUCUACGACCACCAGGGUGUUGAGAUUCAGACGUUACAAGACCACAUUGAUGUCACACACAUGGAGUUCCUGCCCUUCCACUUCCUCCUUACCACCAUUGGAAACGCAGGCUGGCUCAAAUAUCAAGACACCAGCACCGGCAAACUCGUCGCUCAGAUCCCCACAAAGCAAGGUGCCCCUACUGCUUUUGGCCAGAACCCUCACAACGCCAUCCUACAUGUCGGUCACCAGAACGGAACAGUCAGCAUGUGGUCUCCCAACGACCAGAAGCCUCUCGUCAAAGUCCUUGCACACAGAGGCCCCGUGAGAUCAUUAGCCAUGGACAGAGAAGGACGCUACAUGGUCUCGACCGGCCAAGACUCCAAAAUGUCCGUCUGGGAUAUUCGCAUGUUCAAAGAGGUAAACAACUACUUCUUGCGCUCUCCUGGCUCCUCCGUCCACAUCUCCGACACAAACCUCACAGCCGUGGGUUGGGGCACUCAAACAACAAUCUGGCGCGACCUCUUCAACAAGAAUCUCAACGACCAAGUCAAAGUCCAAAGUCCCUACAUGGCCUGGGGAGGCGAAGGUAAUCGCAUCGAACGCGUCCGCUGGUGCCCCUUCGAAGAUAUCCUCGGCAUUUCUCACAACAAAGGCUUUUCCUCUGUCAUCGUCCCCGGCGCCGGAGAAGCCAACCCAGACAGUCUCGAAAUCUCCCUCUACGAAAACACAAAACAGAGACAAGAACGCGAAGUCAAGUCCUUGCUCAACAAACUGCAACCAGAGAUGAUCUCCUUGGAUCCAGAGUUCAUCGGUCAAUUGGAUCGUGCAUCGCAUGCUCAGCGUGAACAAGAAAGAGAUCUAGACAGAAAACCUGAGGAUCCUCUUGCCAAGAUUAAAAACAGGGGUAGAGGCAAGAACAGCAGUUUGAGAAAGUAUUUGCGUAAGCAGGGUUCGAAGAACAUUAUUGAUGAGCGUAAAGUCAGGAUUCAGGAGUUGAGGAAGGAACAGGCAAAGAGGAAUAACAAGGCUAGACAGGGUGAGGUCGAGUUGGGUCCUGCGCUUGCGAGAUUUGCUAGAAAGGCUUGA